AUGGCACGAAGGGUCUUGAAACUUGCCUCGUUGACAGCAGCUGCUUCUGGCAUCUAUCUUUAUGGAAACAAGUUCCUGGAUCCCAGUGAUUUUGGAGUUGUUCGUGUGGGCCGAACCAUUGCCACAACGGCACUUAUCACCUAUGACUACCUCACCUCUCUUCGGAGCGUCCCGUAUGGAUCAGAGGAGUAUGAUUUCCUCAAAUCACAGGUGCAUCUGCGCUCUGCUGAGCGCCUCCGGAAGCUGUGCUGUGUCAACCGAGGCACCUUCAUCAAGGUGGGACAGCACCUAGGAGCACUUGACUACCUGCUGCCUGAGGAAUACACCCGCACCCUCAAAGUGCUGCACAACCAGGCUCCACAGAGCACCCGGCAGGAGAUUGAGCAAGUUAUCCGUGAGGAUCUCGGCAAAGAGAUAAAAGAGCUUUUCAUGAGUUUUGAGUACACUCCUUUGGGAGCAGCAUCACUAGCCCAGGUGCACAAGGCAGUGCUGCAGGAUGGCAGAACCGUGGCAGUGAAAAUCCAGCACCCAAAGGUCCAAGCUCAGAGCUCCAAGGAUAUUUUGCUCAUAGAGGUUCUCCUCUUGGUUGUGAAGCAGAUCUUUCCAGAUUUUGAGUUCAUGUGGCUGGUGGAAGAAGCUAAGAAGAAUCUGCCCUUGGAGCUGGAUUUCCUCCACGAAGGUAGAAAUGCUGAGAAGGUUGCUGAUAUGUUCAAGAACUUUGACUUCCUGAAGGUUCCCAGGAUCUAUUGGGAGCUCUCAUCAAGCCGCGUCCUUCUAAUGGAGUUUAUGGAAGGAGGACAGGUGAAUGACAGGGCUUACAUGGAGAGGAACGGCAUCGACGUCAAUGAG